GGUAAAAAGGUAAGUAUCCAAGUUUAAAAUUAUUUUUAAUUUUGACAAAUAUGACAACCCUGCAAAAACUAACCUAAAUGAUGCGUUUGAUGUUGUUGUGUCAAUAAAGUGCAUUUUUAGUGAAAAAUAAAUAGUUUAGAUUUACUACAAUGCCGCCGCCACCACCGCCAGGACCAAUGGGAACUGGGACCAUGCCACCGCCACCCAUGGGGCCGCCUGGGGCUAUACCGCCGCCGGUUACUUCAUCUAGCGGUCCUCCAGCAGUUCCACCUGCGAUGCCUCCUACGAUGCCUCCUGCUAUGCCUCCUACAAUGCCACCUGGUAUGGGACCGCCACCGGGUAUGAUGGGAAUGGGUCCUCCUCCUCCUGGGAUGGGACCACCGCCUCCACCAGGAAUGGGACCUCCUCCGGGUAUGGGAAUGGGGCCACCUAUGGGACCUCCCGGUAUGGGACCACCAAGAAUGCCUCCCAACAUGAUGCGUGGACCUAACAUGAAAGGUAACUUUGGGAACCAAGGAAUGGAUAUGGGUCCACCUGGGAUGGGUCCACCGCCAAAUAUGCCUCCUAUGGGUUGGGAGGGUCAGGGACCCCCAGGUUGGGGAAGACAGGAUGGUCCACCAGGUUGGGAUGAUCAUGGAGAAGAAGGAGAUGAAGAUGAAGUUGAGGGAGAUGAAUCUAGUGGCAUGCAAGGACCUCCAUCAAGUUUGCCAUCUCUGUUGACCAUGAAGAUUGAUACUCCUGAAGAGUUCAGGAACAAGCCUGUUGGUGUUGGUGGUGUUGUGCUUCCUAAAGCAUUAGAGGAAGCUCUAGCUUACAAGGACCAGAGACAGGCUGCUCUGGGGGAUGAAACAGAUGUACCAAAAGGGAUCUCUUUUAAUGUAGAAACUGAAGAAGAACCGGAGGCUCCACCAGCCCCAGUGAUCAGUACGGAAUAUGAUGCAGAGGAGGAUGAAGGAGACUCGGAUGAUGAUAACAUUCCGGAUGCACCACAGCCACCUAUUAUCUCUAAAGGAGAGGGCACAGCAAACAAAGCUAGUAAAAAUAAGAGAAAGAAGAAAAAGAAGAAGGCAGCCAGACAGAAGAGGCGAGAGGAAUCAAAGAAGAAAGAUGAUGACACCACUGCAUCAAGCCAGGAUGAUGGCAAGAAGUCCAGUGAUAAGGAGAAUGAAAAGGAGGUGGAAAUUGAAUAUGUGCAAGAAAACAUUCAGUUCCAUGAAUUGGAGCCUAUGUACCGCCAGUUCCAUCGCAUUCUCGAAGCGUUCAAGAUCACGGAAAAGAAGGAUGAUGCUAUCAAAGAGGAAGACAAGGAUGCUCCCAAACCUUCCAAGCCUCAGGAGAAGGUGCAGGACCAGUUUGCUGCUGAUGAAGAGGCAGUGGAGAAAAAUGCUGCAGAUGAAAAGGAAAGGCUCUCAAAACGUAAAUUGAAGAAGUUGUCGCGGUUGUCUGUGGCCGAACUCAAGCAGUUGGUGUCUAGGCCUGACGUGGUUGAGAUGUAUGACGUCACAGCUCGUGACCCUAAGCUACUGGUGCAGUUGAAGGCGCACAGGAACACUGUGCAAGUACCACGACAUUGGUGUUACAAGAGAAAGUACCUGCAAGGUAAGAGGGGUAUAGAAAAACCUCCUUUCGAUCUUCCGGACUUCAUCAAGAAAACUGGUAUCAUGGAAAUGAGGGCCUCCCUGCAAGAUAAGGAAGAAACCAAAACCCUCAAAGCCAAAAUGAGGGAGAGGACCAGGCCUAAACUUGGCAAAAUUGAUAUUGACUACCAAAAACUUCACGAUGCAUUCUUCAAAUGGCAAACGAAACCUCGGAUGACAAUCCACGGCGACUUGUACUACGAAGGCAAGGAGUUUGAGACCAGACUGCGUGAGAAGAAGCCCGGUGACCUCUCCGAGGAACUGAGAACUGCACUCGGCAUGCCUGUCGGACCAGGCUCACAUAAGGUGCCCCCACCAUGGCUAAUUGCCCAGCAGCGUUACGGCCCGCCCCCGUCCUACCCCAACCUCAAGAUCCCCGGCCUCAACGCACCCAUCCCUGAGGGUUGCGCAUUCGGAUACCACGCCGGUGGUUGGGGCAAACCACCUGUGGAUGAGACUGGUAAACCGCUGUACGGAGAUGUGUUUGGACAUCAGAGUAGCGGACAAGAUGAUGUGGAAGACCUAGAUAUAGAUAGAACGAUGUGGGGAGAACUGGAGUCUGAAUCUGAAGAAGAAUCAGAAGAAGAGGAAUCCGACGAAGGAGAGAAGCCUGGCGAGGGUGACAUGGCGGCGGGAGUGGCGACUCCUGGCGAAGGUCUGGUCACGCCGCUCGGCAUCAGCUCCGUGCCACCCGGCAUGGAGACUCCUGACACUAUUGAACUCAGGAAGAAAAAGGUUGAAAGCGAUAUGGAAGGUGGUGACACUCCAGCUCUAUACCAAGUGUUGCCAGAGCGGCGCGUGGGUCUGACCCCGGGCAUGAUGGCCUCCACACACGUGUACGACAUCAGCGCGGCCAACCCGGGCAAGCGAGCAGCCCCAGCAGCUGCAGCAGGAACAACGAGUGAGAGCGGCGGUGGAUCCGCCAUGGGAGGAGUGGAGGUAGCGCUGGAUCCGUCCGAGCUGGAACUGGAGCCCGAGGCAGUAGCUGCGCGGUACGAGAGACAUCUGCGGGAGACAAGGCCCAAGGCACACGAGGAUCUCUCCGACAUGUUGGCUGACCACGUCGCUAGGCAGAAGAUCCGUGUAAAACCCGACAAGACUGGUGUAGUGACUGAUGGGGUGAAGCACUCAAUGAACCCAUUCGAUGAGAUCGCAGUGGAAGAGGCUGUCAGGAUGAAGGAGAAGAAGAUUGCCAGUGAAGUCAUUGCUGUCUCCUGUGGCCCUGCACAAGCUCAAGAAACCCUCAGGACAGCUUUAGCUAUGGGUGCAGAUCGUGCCAUCCAUGUGGAAGUAGCUGGAGCAGAGUAUGAGACCCUGCAGCCCCUGCAUGUCGCCAAGAUCUUAGCCAAACUGUCCAAGGAUGAGAAGGCUGAUAUUGUCAUUGUUGGCAAACAGGCUAUUGAUGAUGACUCAAAUCAAACUGCACAAAUGACUGCUGCGCUCCUGGACUGGCCUCAGGCUACCUUCGCUUCCAAGGUUGAAAAGUCAGGCGAUGGUUUGACGGUGACCCGUGAAAUCGACGGUGGCCUGGAGGUAAUCAAGACGAAGCUGCCUGCAGUUGUCAGCGCUGACCUGCGUCUCAACGAACCCAGAUACGCUACCUUACCUAAUAUCAUGAAAGCCAAAAAGAAGCCCCUUAAGAAAGUGUCAGUCAAGGACUUGGGAGUGGACAUUGCUCCUAGGAUCAAGGUCUUGUCCGUGGAAGAUCCUCCAGUCCGACAGGCUGGCUCCAUUGUCCCCGACGUGGACACUCUUGUCGCCAAGCUCAAGGAAGGAGGCCACGUCUGAACCUUUGUAAAUAGCCAAAAAUGUGUGUUCAUCAAUCAAAAUAAUGCUAAUAUUUAUACUGAGAUUUUGUAUGAACGUGGAUUGUAGAUUACACUGUAUAAAUUGUUAAAAAUAUAAUACAUUUUUAAACUGUUU